AUGACUCUUCCGUAUGCUUAUUCGCUGUUAAUCGUCACUGCCAAGAAAUCCCGGAAGAUACUCACAGUAAAAGAGAACCGCCUCGUCUGUACUUUCAAUCUAAACUGUAAGUUGAAGUGAGUAAUUCAUUUGUAUCGGAUACUGAUGUCUCUGAAAGGUCUCCUUGCGGCAUGUCAAUUGAGUUCCGAAUCGAGACCUGGCGGCUUCUCCCGGGAAGCCCACCAUAAAUUCGAAUACGAUAUCUGGCGGCUUUACUCCGAAGAAGUGAUAGGUGCAGGAUCAAGACAAUUCUCCAUCAAGUUUUCUUCGGAUCUUAAUUCACUUAGAAUAGGCCCUCAAGUUCUCGCAAAAGACUCCAAAGGUGAUUAUGUCGAGGUAUUGGGCAAGAAAAACGCAUCUGAGUCAAUACCCUGGUAUUUUGAAGACUUUUGGGUUCGUGGUAAGUACGUAGUUCUUGUGUCUAGAACGAGAAUCCCGAAAAUCUCAUCCAACGACGAACCUCCAGCAAAUCACGAUCAUAAAGAGGCAACUGAAGUCCAAUCUGAGGAGAGCGACUUUCAAAGGGAUGUUGAGCCUCCAAUCGAGGAGUAAAACGCAGAAGAGACGACAACUAAGAAAGCAGUUACUGAUGUGCCAGACCAGAGCAACUCGGAUCCGGAGAGUUCUUCUUCUGAAGAACCAGAAAUAGAUAACGGUGAUGAAGAUUGGACAGAUGUGUCAACCGACCUCGAAAAGCUUGGAUUCCAGGUUGAGAAUGAAGAUAGUUCUGCCUCUGAGCCGCCAAAGUCUUCGUCAGAAGGCUCUUCGAAUAACCCUAACUCGAGCACAGACUUUGAUAGUGACGAUGAAGGGACGAGUAAGUCAACAUCUCUAUUUAAAUCACGUGAAUCGUUACCCUACCAACAGUUCCAGGUGAUGGACCGACGUCUGAAGAUGAGCCGCGUUACAGCAGAAACACUGCAGGGGAAUUUGCUCCGUUCGGGGACUCUGAUGAUAAUGAUUCCGACAUGGACGUCACUGCAGCGAAAAAUGUUUUCCGAAAAUCCUCCACGAAGCGUGGAAUGAUUACAGUAGUUGAUGUCUCCCAAACUCCACCAAAGCAGAUUUUCCUCCACAAUCACCAGUUGCCAGUGGCGUUGAACGGUUCUCCACCAGCCAUUCAUCCCACUCAACCACUUGUUGUUUGGCCACUUUCUGGAGGCAAUGUUCUUUUUGCUGACUUUAUGAAUAACUCGUACUUUAUUCGAGGGUUCAAGCCCAUGAUUCCUCGAGGUAAACUUUUUAUUCCUUUCAAUGAAAACUCCAAAUGCUGAUAGUACCAUAGCAAGGCAUUUGUUCGUCAAACCAAGAUUUUCUGGUGACGGCAAAUAUUUGCACUUUGCCUCUCUAGAAGCAGAAGUUCGUCUCUCUCCAGAGGAUAGGAAAGCGUUUCAAAAAGCGAUCAGAAAGAAGAAGCGUGCUUCUGGCAAAGGUGAAAACACCUCUUCUCUCGAAGCUCCUUGUAAGUUGUCUCUGCUAGUCACGACACAUAGGCUAUCGAAGCAUAAGAAAUCACGCAGUCAACCUCAUUUGAUACAUAGCACCGAAGUUCAGCUAGGAACCUUUGCAUCUAUCCCGACUACCCAAGUACCCCUCUCGUUGACAUGAACUCCUACACACUUGUUCGCAACCUUCAGUCGCAAUCGCCUUCGUGUGAUAAAGAUUGAUCUCUUCUCGCCUAUUCAUCUCAACGACAGGAGUCGUAAGAAACCAUCCAGAUACAAAUGACCAACAAAUUCUGCUAGCCAAAGUCCCAAAAAAUAACAUCUAUCUCCCUGACUCGUGCCGUGUUCGCGAGAUGCAGUAUUAUCCGCCACCUCUCAGCAAUAUAAGCCAGCCAGGCUCUGUGAUGAUAGGAUCUCUGAACACAAUUUCCCAACGACAUAUUCAAGAGAUGCCGGUUUAUCGACAAACGGACUCCCACACAGAUCCUCUGCCAGAUCUCAUAUCACCACCGAUUGGCAUGUUCGUCAGUGAGGAAGAUUUGGGCGGAUGGAUAAGCGAAGACGGGAGGGUGAUUGAGGUAUCUAAAAGAGCGGGAGGACUGCAGCGAAAAAUUGAAAAUUUCGAUGCUAAUGAUGAUUGUGAGUUUCCACUUAUUCAUGCUGCGCGUUGAAGACUUCGAUACUGACCGUGAUAGGUGACGUCGAGUUGUUCUUAGGAGUUCAGACUUGAUCUCCUUUGAAUUCAGGCGAAGUGGCUAGUGGAGAUUCAAAUCUAUCUCUCAUUGUUCUUCUUUUUUAGGUUAAGCCAGUGAUUGACUUCAAUCUUUGGAUUUAAUUACUCUAAUUGUCUUCUUCAAAAGCUACAGUCAAUAUUUUGAUUCCCUCGAUUUAGAAUGAUGAUGAACUCUUAUAACGGCUUUGCGCAAUGCGGAUACUUAUUGCCAUUCUUCUUCUCGAUCACGAGCCUUGCCUAGGGGGUUGAGGUUUCUUAACGGUUGGGAUCGUAUUCGUACUGGUUCAGCUAGCGAGUCAAGCUGAUUGGCCAUUCAGCUCGCUUUCGUCUCGUUCAGCCCCUAUACUGAGCUGAACAACAUUCUCUGAGAUCAGGUAUGAAUUCAAGAAAAAGUGGUGGAGCCAUUUUCUGAACUGUAUCAUCUCCCUAAGAAUAUGAAGGUUAAGAAAGAAAUGUAGACCUACAGAGAGAUGUAUAGUUGCUAUUAGAAGGAGAGAUGUUGCGAUUCACUUCCCACGUUACAAAUUACCAUUUUUCUUUUGAAGGCUGAAAGUACACGACUUAUAAC